UCUGGGAGUAAAGUGCAGACCCCACCCCACUCCCCCAGCCACGUCCCACGCACGGCCUGAGCCGCCGGGAGAAGUGGGGACCCUCUCACUGGGAGCUGCUGAAGAGUCGCCACGGAGCAGCAUCGACAGGCGAAAUGAAGGUUCUAAUCUCCUCCCUCCUCCUGUUGCUGCCACUAAUGCUGAUGUCCGCAGUCUCCAGCAGCUCACACACAGGGGUUGCCAGAGGCCAAAGGGACCAAUGCCAGGCUUCUGGGAGGUGGCUCCAAGAAGGAGGCCAAAAAUGUGAGUGCAAAAGACACCAAAGACACCACAGGAAGCCAACCAAGCCCUCCAGAGCCUGACAGCAAUUUCUCAGACAAUGUCAGCUGGCAAGCUUUGCUCUGCUUUUAAUAGGCGCUCUGAGGCCCCACCCUCCCAAUGAAACAUUCUCAGUCUACAAGGCCGUGAGCACACCUAGAAGAUGCUCUUCUUCCACCUCAGGCUCCCCAUCACAGUCCCUAAUCCCUAAACCAUUCUAG